AAGAGGCGGCCCCCUGCCCCACCGAGUCCGCGGCGGAGUCCAGGGCCAGGAGCGACCGCAGCUUAGCCCCAGCGAGCGGGCGGCGGCGCCAUGGCGUGCGCGGGGCUGCUCACCGUGUGCCUGCUCCGGCCGCCCGCGCCCCAGCCCCAGCCCCAGCCCCAGCCCCUGCGGCGCCCCCAGCUCGCACCCGACGCGGAGCCCGCCGGACACGCGCUCUUCCAGGACGUUUUCCGCAGAGCAGACAAGAAUGAUGAUGGGAAGCUCUCAUUUGAGGAAUUCCAGAAUUACUUUGCCGAUGGGGUUCUUAGCCCGGGGGAGCUGCGGGAACUGUUCAGCGGCAUUGAUGGGCACCUCACCGACAAUUUAGAAACGGAAAAACUGUGUGACUACUUCUCAGAGCACCUGGGUGUCUACCGGCCCGUGCUGGCUGCAUUGGAAUCGCUGAACCGUGCAGUUCUCGCUGCCAUGGAUGCCACCAAGCUGGAGUAUGAGCAGGCCUCCAAGGUGGACCAAUUUGUGACGCGAUUCCUGCUUCGGGAGACAGUGAGCCAGCUGCAAGCCCUGCAGAGCUCGCUGGAGGGGGCAUCAGAUACCCUGGAGGCCCAGGCCCGUGGCUGGCGGUCAGAUGCAGAGAGUGUGGAGGCACAGAGCUGGCCCCACAGCAGCCGGCGGGCGGGGCGCCGGGCCCUGAAGAGCGUCAGCCGGUCAUCCACCUGGUCCCCUGGCUCUUCUGACACAGGGCUCAGCUCAGAGGCCGAGAUGCAGUGGCGGCUCCAGGUGAACCGCCUCCAGGAGCUCAUUGACCAGCUCGAAUGCAAGGUGAGAGCUGCGGGCCCAGGGCCCCACGAGGGAGGACCCUCCUGGUAUCUGCCUGAGCCAGGGCCACUCUGGAGGCCCGGCCCACACUCUGUGCCCUCACAGGCCCCCCGCCUGGAACCACUGCAUGAAGAGGACCUGGCCAAGGGGCCUGACUCGCACAUCCUUGUGGUCCAGAGGCAGGUCCAGGUGGCAGAGGAAGCCCUGCAGGACUUCCACCGAGCCCUGUGCUGCUAUGUGGACUUCACAGCGGCCCAGAGCCAUUGUCUGCAUGUGUCUGCCCAGAGGAUGCCGGACGGUGCCUCCUUCACCCUGUAUGAGUUCUGGCAGGACGAGGCCUCCUGGAGAAGGCACCAGCAGUCGCCCUGCAGCAAGGCCUUCCAGCGCGUCCUCAUCGACCACCUGCGGGCCCCAGACACCCUCACCACUGUGUUCUUCCCAGCCUCCUGGUGGAUAAUGAAUAAUAACUGAGCCAGACCCGCUCACGCUGAGGACCCCAGGGCGCUGCCUGCCUCCCUCUGGAGUCUUCUGGACCGGCCAGCCCAGCACAAAGACCAGGCCUGCCUCCUCCUGGACCUGAGCCUGGUGGAGGGGCUCAGCCCAGGGAUCAGGGACUGGGCUGCUUGCUUUUUAUUUAUUGAUUUAUUUAUCCAUAUAUUUUAUUGUUUGUCACUUCAGCCUCCAAACUGCGUGGGCUUCCACCUGGCUCAGGAGGCCUGGAUUCUGGUCCCUGCUGUCCCUGCCUGGCCGAGCGACCCAGGGCAGGUCCCAUCCCUCUCUGGGUGGGCCUUGGGCCCUCUGGCUGCCUAGUGAGGAUCCUGCUUUCCUUCUGCUGUCUUGGGGCCAGGCUUCUGCUCCUCCCCAGGCAGCAGCAGAAGCAAGGCUGAUGCUCAGGGACCCCCCAACCCCUCAAACCUUGCCUCCUGAGGCUGGGCCAGACCUGGUGCCCCGUCACCCUCCCAGGCCACCAGGCUCUUGACUCUUCCAUCACCCAUGGAUGUGCCAGAGGCCUCUGGGUUGAUUUGCAUGCUAUUUGCAUAUCAUUUGCAUGCCCUCACCCACCCAUUCUCAGGGCACUAUGGGAAGCCCAAAGGUGACCUUGCCAAGUAGCAAUAAUUUGGGCCCAGGGUCACCUGUUGCCCCCAGAGGCCUCUGAACCCCAGGCUGGGAGCCCCACACAGAGGCAAUAAAGGCAUUAGUCCCCUCCA